ACGGCUCUUUUCAUUUCGAAUGCAGAUCACCACCGUCCACCCAGCAAGUCUCCAACGGUGGAAUCAUCUCAACCCAUUCGCAGACCUUCAUUAGUCUGUCUUCCUCCCUCUCCCUCUCAGUCUGACUCUGACUCUCCUUUUUCCUCCUCCAUCAUCGAAACCCCUCUCUCUCUCUCUCUCUCUCUCUUCUGCAACCAAUUCGAGUAAUCUCCGAGCCUAUACUCCUUAUACCCCUUCCCAGAGAUCACCUCUCAAGCCCCUUGUUUGUGACCACGAAUACUUAGAUGGUGAAGCAGAAGAGAAUGACGAUGAGGAGGAAGAUAGCCAAGAGGUAGACCCAGAGAAGCCAUGAGACGCGACAGCACACGCCGAUGAGUCCAGCCAGAGAGACCACCAUGAGGAAGACACCCAGAAUGAUGACUGGCUUUGUUAAGAACUUCUCGCUCUCGCUUGCGCCAUGGUGGCCCAGCCAUACUCCAGCCCAUUGCGUCAAACCGAUCACCGAUCUCCAAAACCACUCUUCUUUCUCUCACUGUCCUCAAACCAGUCGGCUGAAGAAGAAGCCCUAGAGGUCGAUCCAGGUCUCCAUUAUUUAUUGAUGUUUUCAUUUGAUUCAUUGCUUUAUUGGUUGAUAUAUUUUCCAUUUCGAAUAAGAUGGCCCCAUGCCUUGUACCAUGAUCACACAACUACAAGAGAUGGAGCAAAGUUCAACUGUAUAGUUCUUGCCAAAGUCCAAGUCACUCUUUGCAAGCUGGAUAGAUAUUUAGAAAGUCAAACACGCCAUGGACAUGCCAAGACACUUUCCGGACAAGUGUGAGGUGGAUCGAAGAAGGCCUAACUGUUGGAGAGGAGAUAGAGAAAGAGAGAAAGAGAUCGAGGGAGAGGAAGAAGCCUAACCUGUUCAAAUCAAUCGAAGAAGCUGAGGUUUCUCUUUUUCUUGAUUCACCCGUUUCUCUCCCCCUUUUUUUUCAUGUUUCUCCUCCUUUAUUUUCCUGAUUUCUCCCCUCUUUUUUUUCUUUUUUUUUUUUAUCCUUAUUUUUUGUUAAACCUAAAAUUCAUAGAAUAAAUUAUUUUUAUUUAAAAAAAUUCAUUUUUUAUUAAUUUUUUUUUAAAAUGUGUUUAUUAAAUUUAUUAUCAUUGUAAUUGUAUAAGAAUUAAUGAUUUUCUUUUUAUUUUAGACAUAUAAUAAAUAAAUAAAAUUAUAUAUAUCAAACAUAUCCCCAGCGAGUCGUGUCUCCCAUUUUUUGAAAAAUUGUGUGUCUGCGUGGUGUCAUGUCGCGUGUCCGUGUCCAUGCAUCAUAUGACAUGGAAACAAAAAGUCAAAACUGCUGUGUUUUUGCAAAUAAUUGGUGUACUAAAUGGAAAUGCUUCUACUCUUUGUAUUGUCUGUUAAUCUGAUUUUGAAAUGGCAAACCAUGUGUUGUUUUGUCCAUUGAUCUGGAAGGUAUGGUCUGCUGUGAUGUUUUGGUGGGGAACUCAGUGCAAGAUGCGAGGCUCAGUUUUGAUGGCUUGCUCCAAUAGUGGGCUGGAUUUCGAUUUAAGAAAAUGGAAAUGAAGAUUUGGAGAGCCAUUCCUUUUAACAGUUCUAUGAUCUAUUUGGAAACAUAGGAAUGAUUUCGUCUUCAAGGGUGUUCAAUCUGACUUGGUCAAGCUGUGCGAACUCAUUAAGAUCAAUGACUUUCUGUAUAAUCUUAGGCAGAUUAGAGUCUGUGUAGGUGGAGGUUGGUGAACUGGAGCUGCCCUUUUGAUGUGUUUUUGGUUGUCUUUCUUUUGCUGUGUGAGUUGGAAUCUCUCUAACUCUUGCUUUGGUUUGGCUUUAGAGAUGCGCAUGAUUAGUUUGCUUAGGGUGCUAACAUAGUUAGGAUGUAAUCUCUUGACAAUGAUGCAAUCUCUCCCCAAGUUUUUGGUGUACUUUUUCAUAUUCUUAUAAAAUUUGAUUUUAUCU